UUGCGGUGUCCCAGUUCCAAUGCGAUGUAUUUACCAGCAGGAGUAAUGAAACGGGGAGAGGGGCUUUUUCCGCAGCUUCUUGCUGAGACAGAGACCGCAAAAGACUAGCGCACAGAGAGGACAGACGCAAACUUUCGGACAGAGGACCAGAACGUCAGUUAUCUGUUAAUGAAGGCGUCUGUAGCCUUUUAUUCAGUUUUUUGUCCAGCAGCCAAACGAUACUUUGUCGCAGUUCGUUGGAAGUGAUUUACUGGGCAAUGGUAAAGAAGGACACAGUUUGCGGAAUUGACGCCUUUACCUGUGUUUUCCCCCUAAACUUCACUUCGGAUAGGGAACACUAAGUUAAAUCCUGUUUGAGCCAUAAAGAGAAGUAGCCAGAGGGGCUUCAGCUGCCCUGCACCACUGGAGCCUUCAAUAAUGUUGGGGCCAACACACCACAACCGGCCCCAUCGCUUCUGACCCAACAUGGAGCUCAAGGUCUGGGUGGAUGGAGUCCAGAGGGUCGUCUGUGGGGUCACUGAGGCAACCACCUGCCAAGAGGUGGUGAUUGCUCUGGCACAGGCCAUAGGUCGCACUGGGAGAUACACUCUGGUAGAAAAAUGGCGGGACACUGAGCGUCACCUAGCCCCUCAUGAGAGCCCUGUGGCUUCUCUGAACACCUGGGGUCAGUAUGCUGGUGACGUCCAGCUGAUCCUGCAUCGCACAGGCCCCUCCCUGACUGAACGACCCCCCUCAGAAGGACCCCCUCUCAGAGGUCCUGAACGUGGGCUGCAUCGACAGAGCCUCCCUCCCCUUGCAAAGCUUCGUCAUCCCAACGAUCGCUCCCUCCGCCGGCGUGAACCGCGCCGCAAGUCUCUGACAUUCACCGGUGCACCCAGAGGCCUUAGGGAGAUACUGAGCGGAGGCCGAAUUGGCGAGGCUGAGGCUAAACGAAGACUCCUCUUGGGAAACGGUGGAAAUCACAACCAUGCACCACCAGCCAUCGGGACCGCGUCCCCUGGCCUGUGGGCGUGUCGCAUGGAAGAUCUGGUCAGACUGGUCGGUAUACAGAGGGAGACUCUCAAUGUGCUGGAGAAAAAGCUGGAGGCCUAUGAGGCUGAGCUCCAGGUCUGGGCUGAAGGGCGAGGGAUGAGGGGUGGAGGGUGCAUUGGGGACCCAGAUGGAGGAGGAGGGCUGAUAAAGGAGAUCCUGAGGCUGGAGAAGCAUCUGAGGAAGAAUGACGUGGAGAUGGAGGAGGAGGAGUUUUGGGCCACUGAGUUGCAAAUCGAGCUAGAGAGUGAGAGACAGCUAGAGGAAAGACUGCAGGAGCUAAGAGGACGCAUGCAGGGCUGUGAAGUGGAGAUUGAAGAAAAGCUGGCAAUGGUACAGGGUGUAGAGGCAGGCCUGGAAGAGGAGCGGCUGCAGAGGGAGCGGCAGGAGACCCAGUGGGUCAGUGAGGCCGAGGCUCGAGCUCAGCUGCUCAGGGUCAAAACAGAACUGAAAGCCCAGGAGAGACAGGCUGUCCAGCUGGAGAGCAGCUGCAGGGCUGUGGACCGGUCACUUGGACAAAGCAGCAAGAAGCUGCAGGACAUGCAGCACGAGCUGGAACAGCUGACCAAGGAGCUGAGGCAGGUUAACCUGCAGCAGUUCAUCAAGCAGACCGGCACCAAGGUCACCGUGCUGCCGGCUGAACCCACUGAGGAUGAAAGCACUAACAACAGUCCAGGUAUAGAUUUAGUUCCCCUGUCUGGCUCUCUGAAGCGCCCCGUGUCGUCGCACGCCAGUCACCUCCGGGUCCUCCACAGCCCUCUCACUUCUGGCUUGAACCCAGAAGGGAUCUAUGUGUGAGCCAGCUCUGCUCGGAGGGAACACGUCACGUCUCCCUCCCAGAGCCCAUUUCACUCCAGAACACACGUGUAAGUGGAUAUCUGUGUACAGGAUACCUCAGUAGCACACUACUAUGCACUGUUGUCUCAAUUACCUGAAGGCGACCUCGAGUGUGAAGACUCGUAUAGUGAAUGAACAAUGUUGAUCUUGAAAUGGAAGUCGUGGAGCAUGGUGAUCAGGGUCUGAACACAUUAGGACUUUCUAAUCAUCCGGCUGUUGUGAACUUCCUUUAUAAACAUAUCCACUUAAUGUACUUUUACUCUAACUUUAGUACCUGCUGAAUGAUUUGUAUUGUUUUCUCAAUAGCAUCAUGAUUCUAAACUAUUGCCUUUUGAAGAGUAUUCUUGAGAAUCUUGGUAUGUGAAUUUAUGAACUAUAUCUCUAAAAUCAUAUGUAAUUUCUGCAGUGAAUACAGCAUAAUGACUGGUUCUUAUAUACGUAAUGAAGGAUCCACUUGUGUCUAUAGUAAACCUGUCUAGAAUAUAUCGUUUUGCAUAUCAGAAUGUAUUCCUGUAGCUCUGAUUGUCUGUUCAUGUUAAAACUAUGCACAACUGGUUAAUGGUUUUGUUACUGAAGAAUGUUACUGUCUGUGUGUACCACAAUGAUUUCUUACUGUAAAUAUGUUUUCUUACUUUUCAGCUUUAUUUAGUGAAUUAUAUUUUAUUACAAAGCGGUUACAAAAAUGCAGUGCCCUCAUUCCCGCUACAAUAUCUGCAUAAUGAAACAAUGUUAAUUACCCUCUUAAGCUGAUUAUUUGUUGUUGUUGUUGUUGUUGUUAAGAUGACUGCACAGUAUAUUUUUGCCAAAUGUAUUAUGCUUGUUUUUUUUCUUCCUGUAAGGAUUGGUGGCCAAAGAUUAGCAGGUCUUGUUGCAUGAUUGUCGUUAAUAUAGCCAUACCUGGAUGUGCAGAGCACCCGCAGUACAGUAAAUCGGUUAGUUGAAACUAAAAAUGGAGGCAUGUAAUAAUACAAUGGAUAGCUACACCGACAGCGUGUAUGAGAGCGUGAUUGAGAUAGUGAUUUAAAGACAUGUGUUUGUGUGUGCAGAGUCAUAAUAGCCAAGAUAUAAAGCCCCUCUUAGGUUGUAGUUCAGCUGCUAAUCACAUCAAAGUGCCUUAUAUUCAUUCCACAGUUGGUGUAUUCAAAUAAUGUACAGCAAAGCUUUAGCAUAGACAUUGAAGCAAUGAUCAUAGUCCGUUUGGAUCAGAUGUCGCUAGAUGUAUUAGGGCCACAUUGCUGCACAGAGACAAAUAGCACAGCGUCAAAGAGGAAACUAUACUUAUGUUUCUGUGUCAGUGUUUGGUAGAAACAUCAAUGGAAAGAACAUUAUUGAUAGUGCUUCCAACUCUGUUACUGUAUUAUUGUCACCAUAAUACUAUGUGCUGUAAAAUGCAUUCACAUUAUUUGAUUUAUUUCAUCAUGCAACACAUAGUUGUACGCUGGAGUCACCAGUUUAAGAAGAAGACAUUUAUUGAUCCCCAUGGGGAAAUUAAAUCUUAGAGUUUAGAUCAGUUCUGUCACCCAGGAAUAAAUGGCUGCAGAAGCGAAGUCCACCCUGUAACAUCCAGUAUCUACGAAAACACAACAAAACACUUCAUCACUGCAGUUUGUCUCUGCUUCUUCAUUUAAAGGAGAGACUGGUUUUAAAGUUCUUAGGUUUGAGAUAGUCUAUAUAUUGCGGUGGAUUUUCCCUUUAAGAAACCACUUGUGUGCAUUUUCCACCCUGGGAUGAGACGUAGCUGUGGUCACUGUUUACAACCGUAUAAUGUUCUAGAGAACUAAGAUGUCGACUGUACAUAACCUGUUUUUAUUUUUUCCUGCCUUAAUAUACUGCAAAGUGUUGACAGAUGUAUGGCUGUAACUGGCUGCUGAUAUGACAUGGAUUGCAUGAUUCAAUAAACCAUCUGACGAAAUUA